AGCACCAGAAGCAGAAAGCAGCAGCAAAAGUCCACCUCCCUACGCGCACUGAGGUAGAGCAGCUGCGGGAAGAGCAGCAGAAAGAGCAGCAGCAGCAGCAGCAACAGCAGCAGCAGCAGCCGGACUUCGAUCCUCUGCAGGCGCUGCGGAAGCAGCAGCAGCAGCAGCAGCAGCAGCAGCGCUCUUCGGAAGGAGCUCGUCUCAUAGAAGUUCUGGAAGAAGGCACGAAGCAAACGGCGGAGCCAGAAGAGCAGCAGCAGCAGCAGCAACAGCAGCAGCAGAGCAGCAGCAUCAAAAGCGCUGCUUCCCCAGCUCUUCUGCUUCUGGAGGACGCGAAGCAGAAGCAGCAGCAGCAACAACAGCAGCAGCAGCAGGAAGAGGAGCAGCCGCUGUUCAGCGUGAGAGCGACGAAACGGUACAGCAAACCAGCAGCAGCAGCAGCAGCAGCAGCAAGCAGCAGCAGCAGCAGUGACGCAACUGAAGCAGCAGAAGGGCAGAUGCAGCGUCCGUUGCAGCAGCAGCAGCAGCAACAGCAGCAGCAGCAGCAAGAAGAGGAAACGGCGCCUCUGCCGGCUUCGAAGCCGAUGCUUCAGCAGUGCUUCUCGCAGUUGCUGCAGGAGCACAAGCAGCAGCAGCAGCAGCAGCAAGGAGGAGCAGCAGCAGCAGACUACACCCUGAGCUUCCAUGUGUCUCCUCAGGGCCAGCCUGAAUUGCGCAUCACUUUUGCUGCAGCAGUAGACCCGGAGACGCUCGACGUCACAGCAGCACCAAGCAGCAGCAGCAGCAGCAGCAGCAGCAGCAGCAGCAGCAGCAGCGGCAGCAGCAUGUUGGCAGUCAAGGGCCGCUUUGCUGCUUCCAAGGAGAAUUUUUCUAUCAGCCUUCCCUGCGCCUUCGACGCAGCAAAAGCCUCCGCGAAAUACAAAUCGAAGAAGAGACAAUUGUCUCUUUUCUUUCCUUCGAGCCAGCAGCAGCAGUAG